AAAAUGAAGUCUUGCAUCUCACUAAGACACACGUCUGAAAACCACAUGAAGUUAACAACCUGCCGGCAGGGAGUGGUAAAUUACCAAACCAGGCCAGGUCUGACACUACGGCAAUGACAGCGCUGUAAAAUUAGUGACAGCUGAGCAAACUGACCUGGCCAUCCCCCAGCUGAGCUCCCACCUCUCCCCCUCACCUAACCUGCUAGUGUCCUUAAUCCUUGGUCAGCUAUUCAUUGCUCAAACCUCAGGAGAACACAGGCCAGCGUCCAUACCACUGUUCCCCUAAGAUCUGCUCUCAGGCCAUGGCUGUUAACAGGCAAAUAUCAAAGAUGGCGCUGUAUCUCGUUUGGACCCUGUUGGGCUUCAGUCUCAGUGCCCCUCCAACUGAUCUGGACCCUGAAGCAUUUGGCCCGACCUUUGAUGAUUUAAACCCAUGGGAUCCGAACCCAUACGGAGUGACCUAUGAUUAUGAUGACCUGGAUGAGGAGAUUGGGACACUGGCUCCUCCUCCAGCAGUCACUCAGCCACCUGCUGUAGUUCCUCCUGAGGACUAUGUGGAGGAAGUGACACUGCCGCCCCGUCCAACAAAGUCACCUGUCCUAUCCACUCUAGACUUCCGUGGUCCGGGUCUGUUUGGGCCUGACACAGGCUUAGGGAUGCCCUCCUGCCUGCUGUGUGUGUGUAUCAGCGGCAGUGUUUACUGUGAUGACUCAGAACUGAUUCAGAUUCCCCCUCUUCCCAAAGAAACCACACACUUCUACGCUCGCUUCAACAAGAUCACUGAGGUCAAAGCCACAGACUUCAUCAAUCUCAAUCAACUGAAACGGAUCGACCUGAGUGGAAACCAGAUAGGUAAAGUGAACGAAGAUGCUUUUCGUUCACUGCUUCAGCUUCAGGAUCUCAUUUUGGCCGACAACAACAUCCAGGCACUCCCAGAACUCCCAGCUUCCCUCAAGCACAUCGAUGUUCGCAAUAACAAGCUAAGGAGUACAGGCAUGCACUCAGAGGCCUUUAAGGAGAUGAAAGAGCUUCAGUUUCUUUACCUGUCAAACAACAAGUUAGACUACAUUCCCGUACCCCUACCGGACAGCCUACGAGUGCUCCACCUGCAGAAUAACAAUAUACAGAGCAUAAGCCAAGAUACUUUCUGCAACAUACAUGACAAAAACUACAUACGGAAAGCCCUUGAGGACAUCAGGCUUGAUGGCAACCCAGUGGACAUCAAUCUCUACCCUCAGGCUUAUAUCUGCUUACCACGACUACCUGUAGGCACUCCAGUCUAGGACAAUGUCCCUCUUUUUUCCAAAGUUUGUGUGUGUAUGUGUGUAUUUUCUAAACUCCUCUGUGACCACAGCAAAAAUAAUAUGAAGCAAGAAAAUCAAACGCCAUGUAAUCAAUAUCUAGGAGAAAGUUUUUUAUUCCAAACUUUGUUCUCUUUUAGCCAGUCACGCUAGGUACGCACUCAGUGACUUUGCACUCAUUACAAUAGAUGUAAAAAAUGACUCUGUUGCAAUAUCUCACCUAUUUGGAACAGAGCUAGAGACAUUGAUUAAAUUUGCAGAAGAAGUUAGAGCAAGAGCAUAUACAACUACAGUUGAAUAGUUGUAGUGCCCCUUUUCACCACAAUGUGGCGCCCUUCUCCAGUAAUUUCUGUCUGCUGUAACAUACUUCUGCAUUUCUAUAGACAGUCAGCUCCAUCUGUCAGGUGUUUGUGUCAUUUUAUCUCAGAUUGAUGCUAACGGUCUUUGAGGAUGCACUGUUCUUUAUUAAUGAUACUUAAGUUUGCUUGAUUUAUCUGUUUCCCAUUCAACAGCUUUCAUGACGUAUAUACAGUGACAACUCAGCUGCAUCUAUUUUUAAAUCAAUUCGUUCAUGUACCACUGCAGGUGGUUUCUGAGGUUACUUAGCAACUGUCAAAUAUUUAUAGUUUGACAUUUACCUGUGUGCACAAUGUAAAGAUACUCCUAGAUUAUUUGCACUGGAUGUUAAGCACCUGUAAAGACACAACAAAUGUAAUCCCAUGAGCAUGAACAGGUUUUCUCACACCAAAAUGUGUCUGCUCAUUCUUUCACGGCUUUGAAGCUA